AUGCAGGGGGGAAAUCCAGACUCCCACUCUGCCACGGAAAACCCUCCAGAGUUACUAUCGCCUCCUCAAAUAGGGCAGCACCAUGUCAUCAACGAUCCAGGAAGCGUUGUUCAUUCUGGUAUUCCGUCUGCUCAACAUUCUAGAUAUCCUUCUCAAAAAUUGGCCACUGAUGCUCAAAAUAUGACGUUGGCACCUGCUCAUGUCGUAACUUCGAACAAUCCAGGUCAUAUUCAACCAUCUCCAAUUUACAGCAUUCCAAGGCAUAAUAAUUCUACCAGAUACCCAGCCCCUCAAAUGUCCAUACAGCAACAUCAACAGUCAAUCCCAAACCAGGCUCAUCACCCACCUCCACAUCAUCUGCAUCAGCAUUCCCUUUCCUUUUCUCAGCCCAUAACGUUUUCUCCGCAACAGUAUGUCUUUCCUACCCCAAAUCUCCCUCCACCAUCACAAGUUCAGCUGACCUUUCCGCAGGCGCAACAGGUCCCUUCUCAAAUCCCAGAUCAGAAAAGUUCUUAUGGUCCCCCUAUGAUGAUGGAGAUGCCGCAAGGAAGACAUUCGGCGCAGACAUCUUCAGGAAGUAUUUCAGCUUAUGUUUUUCCGCCUCAACCUGGUGUUAAGCAGGCGCAGAAACACCUUAAAAAAUCUCAUACCACUGUCGCUGAAUCUGAUGCCAAGUUGAAGGAACAAGCUUAUUCAGCAUUGUCUAUUCCUUUCGAUGAAUAUGCCAACUCAGUCAAACUUUCCGAAUCGGACAGAGAUACCACUCCCUCCAGACAGACAACUAAUAAAGAGCGACAAGAAGAAGCAUCUUCCAGAGAAAGGCAGAGACAAGUUUUUGGCAUGGUUGUUCUUUUGAAAACCUGUGAGUUGAGUGCAGAUUCAGUUGUUGCCAGAAAUAAGAUCUACAACUAUUAUGCUUCCAUCUGUUUGAGCAAUGGCAUAUCUCCUCUCAGCGCAGCAUCAUUUGGCAAAUUGGUUCGAAUAGUCUUUCCAUUGGUUACCACUAGACGUUUGGGAACUAGAGGGCAAAGUAAGUACCAUUACUGCGGCAUUAGACUUAUAGCCGAUUCCGAAAGUUGUCCAAAAGAUUCUGCAUUUCCUCUACAAUUUUCGACAUCCCAGACAACGUCACAGAAUAACUCAUCAUUUGGCUCUCCUUAUCAAUCAAGUGUGAACAUGUCUACAAGCCAGUUUUCUCAAGCGAACCCUCCUACCUUUACGAAUUCCCCUGCUUCUGGUUCUGUUUCGGUCAUAUCUAAUAGGUUGACUUCGAUUAAUACUGCGGACACUGCACUUUCCGCACUUGAUAACUUCGCCCAUGUUUCUCUCAAAUUUGACAUGGAUCUUUGCUUGAAAAUGCAUUACCCGAAUAAGGAUGACGAAGAGAUGGAAGAUUCAAUCACUCUUCCAGAAUUAUUAGAUCAUUUAGAAGCUUAUGAUACUCAGAUACCCGAAUUCAGUGAGAAGAAUAUUGACUCACUUCAGGCUUUAUACAAAGACCAUUGUGUUUCCAUCUUUAAAUCUUUAAGGUAUAUGCACCUCAACAAGUUGUUUCAGCAAGUGCUUUCUUUUCCAUCGCAACUGAGUAAAGACCAGUACGCUAUUUUUGUGUCUCCGUAUGUUAGCUCAUGGAUUGUGCAAUGUGAUUUAGUAACUUACAAGGCCAUAUUGAAAAUGUUGUCCAAAAUAGCACUUCAAAAAGUUCCUGAUUAUGUUGUGCAACAACUGAAAGUUGUCUGUACCACUUUACCUGAAAAUAUUUCGAAUUUGAAUUUACCGGCAGUUGUACUGCAAGUGAAGCAACCCCUGGUAGAUUAUUUCUGCAAGUUAGUAUCUAGGUUGAUACGUGUCACCAUGUCAACAGGGUGUGCAUCCAAAGUGCUAAGCAACCCUCAAUCGAAGAAGUCAAUCAUCAAAAGCUGGCAAAAUAAUGUCUCUUUCGAUUCAUUAGCCCUUAGGGUUCUACCAUGUCCCAAAGAAAAUAGGGAAAAAGUUCUUGAAAUUCUCACGAAGCAGGUUCCUUUGUUCCUGGAAUCCAUAUCUAGUUCAAAAGAUACCAAAGAAAUCAAAACUGAGGAAGGGUCUACAUCUGUUCUUCCCACUGACAGAGUAGUCGAAGCUUUUAGUUCGUUCCUGUUAACGCAAACAAAAAGCUUUCCAACUGUACCUGCCUCAUUUUUUUUAUUAUGUCUGAACAGUAUCUUAACUACUGCCUUGAGAGACAUCUCUCUUGCGGGGUCGGAAGCUUUUUCUUCCUGGUGGCUAGUAAAAUGCUGGAUUGAUGAAUGGAUGGGAUGGUGUGCGGAAUACAGUGGAUUCUUGCUAGCUUCGACGGCUAGUUUUCUGUUAGACAAUCCUGUGCAGAGUAGUAGUGAAGAAAAUGCGUAUGUGAACAGCAGCGUUUCAAACUCUCAGAAUGUCCCAUCGAAUGUCCAACAUUCCCACGAGAAUGAAAAAGCUCAUGAAAGCAACCAAGAAGAAGGAAUUCAUAUGGGACAAAGUGUUAUCGGAAGGCAGAAUAGCGUCCAUUCCGGCAAGAGCAACCCAAACAAGACUGACAAGAAUGAAGGAACAGAUCAUGAAAUUGACAUUCCUGUAAUGGCUGAUACGUUCGACGAUCACCUUGACGAUGAGUUCAUACAUGUGGACGAAGACGGUAUUAUUCCCUCCAAACGCCAAAAAUUGGAAGCUGACUUCGUCACAAGAAUGGAUGAUGAGUCUGGCUCUCAAAUCGAUAGCGAUAUCUCUCUUUUGCAUAAACGACUUGAUAUUCCAGAGGAGUUUACAUCUUAG